AGUCGACUGGAGAUGGCGAUGGGGGGCAGUACCACGCCGUGGAGUUGACUCGAGGUACUCGGGGAUUUGGAUUUAGUAUUCGAGGGGGAAGGGAGUUCCAAAACAUGCCACUUUUCGUUCUGCAAAUUGCGGAGAAUGGACCAGCAGCUAUUGAUAAUCGAUUGAGGGUGGGGGAUCAAAUAAUCGAGAUAAACGGAAUAAACACAAAGAACAUGACACACGCGGAGGCAAUCGAGAUAAUUCGAAACGGUGGUCCAUCGGUUCGACUAUUGGUUCGUCGUGGAUGCCAAAUGCCAAGUGCGCAUUAUAUUGACCGUAUAAGUGUUCAGACGAUUGACGAGGGCACCGUGCGCACGAAUAAUAGUGAAAUAAUUGAUGGAAAAUUAAAGAGCAAAAGAAAAUCAUCGAUUACACUGUGCUGCUGCUCCUGGAGAAAACGAUGAUGAUUCUGAUGUAGCAUUGGUUGAUGCUUUUUGUUGGUAAUUAAGGUGAAUUGUGCCUGUGGAUAGCAUAAGUAUUCAAGUAUUCAAGUGGAGGAAAACACGUGUGAAAGAAAUUUAGGAGAAUUUCUCUUCAAGUUUUAUUGGAAUUCUAUUGAAAAAUAUAAUUGUUUCUUGCGACAUUUUUUUAGGACAUUAGUCAACUUUAAUGUAGAAUUUUUGAAAGGAAAUCCAAGUACUUUGGCUAUUUUUUCUCCAAUUAAAUGUUUUUGUACUUUUUUGA